CGCGAGACCAGCCCGCGGUGGGCCGUGAGGCGUCGCGUGCCGUGGGCGGCCGGCGGCUUCGCCCCGGGUUGCUUCGCGGCGCUCCCGGGGCCGCGAUGGCGGCGGGAGAUGUCGAAUCCUCGCUGGAGCUGAGCCUUACGGGCUCCGGGGCGGUCCCCGGCGCGCUGCCCCCUGCCCGCUCGCGCAUCUUCAAGAUAAUCGUCAUCGGGGAUUCCAACGUGGGCAAGACAUGCCUCACCUACCGCUUUUGCGCCGGCCGCUUUCCGCAACGCACCGAGGCCACCAUCGGCGUGGACUUUCGAGAGCGGGCCGUCACCAUCGACGGCGAACGCAUCAAGAUACAGCUGUGGGAUACUGCAGGCCAGGAGCGCUUUAGGAAGAGCAUGGUGCAGCACUACUACAGGAAUGUACAUGCUGUGGUGUUUGUGUAUGAUAUGACAAACAUUGCCAGUUUCCACAGCCUGCCAUCCUGGAUAGAGGAAUGCAAACAGCACCUACUUGCCAAUGAUACACCACGGAUUCUGGUUGGAAAUAAAUGUGACCUGAGGAGUGCUAUUCAGGUGCCCACGGACCUGGCCCAGAAGUUUGCUGACACUCACAGCAUGCCAUUGUUUGAAACCUCUGCCAAGAACCCCAAUGACAAUGACCAUGUGGAGGCCAUAUUCAUGACACUGGCUCACAAGCUUAAAAGUCACAAGCCAUUAAUGCUUAGUCAACCCUCAGAUCAUGAUGAAAUACAUAUAAAGCCUGAACCAAAACCUAUCACAUCCUGCUGGUGUUAGGAUUGUCACUGAUCACAUUGUCACUGGCUAUCACCUUGUAUUGUUUGCAAGUGCUUCAAAAUUAUGAUCUUAGCAAAGUUCCUGGUUUUGGUAGCAAUUAUAGCAAAUCUCUUUGGCACUUUAAUGUGUUUUUUUUUUAAUUUUUCCUGGUGUAGAUGUGCCCAUCUUAUGCUCAUGCACUUUGUAAUUGUACUUUAUGAAUUACUAAAGUUUCACUGUAAAUAUAUAGGAACAUAUUAACUUUGUCAAGUUUUGACAAAGCAAUUCUAGUUGAGCUCUUGCUGUCUGAGGUUGUUCUCACCACUUGUAAGAUUAUAAAUAGUAGGCCAGUUUACUAAUACUUUUCAUUGCUACUUGGAUUGGAAUAAUGUAGGAGAAAGCCUUUUGUGACAACCAUGUAACUUAGGUUUUGGGUCAGCAAGUGGGUAUAUAUGAAGGAAUAUUAGGUGACUGCUAUCAAAUUAGAAAGCAGGUAACUUUUUAUUAUAAAAGUAAACAGAACCAAUUCUGUCAAAGUUUGGACUGCCAGUGUUGGUGUAAAUUGCUAGGUUUUGGCCUGUCAUUCCACUAUGAGCUUGGUCUGUUUCGUCAUGGCAGUGGUAACAGAAUUUACUAACUUCUCCCUACCUCUAGACAAUUAUUUGAUACUUAAAACUUCAUUAAUUUUUCAGAAUUGGCAUGUGAUACCAAACUAUGUUAUGUUAUUUUGUACUUGUGGAAAGUACUGUAGCACAGUAAAACUGGCACUCUAUAUCUGUCCAUAAGUUCUCUGCUCUUACUAAAAUUAAAUUAUGUAUUUCUGAA